CGUGCGUGCUCGGGCACAGGGAAGGAAUAGAAUACGAUCGAGGGUACAAACGCGUGUCCGGUAAAACGAUUCGCGUCCCGUUAUACGACGGCUGGUUUGCUCGCGCGAAAUGCUAAGCCGCUGUUCAGGGCAUAUACGAAGUGACGAAGGACCGUUAACUAUGCCUAAUUAACCGACCAUUCGUCUCGUUUCGUGUUACGGCAACGUCUCGCGAUGUGGCGCUGUCCUGCACCAACUACGCCCACCGAUUGGUGGUGCAUCGAAUCUUUUUUCGGGAACGUCAGAUGGCAAGACGAUUUGCGAACAAGAAAUACGCAUCACGAUGAACGUAUGAAGCAGCAUCCCGAUUUUCACUCAAGGUAUACACAUUCUACUCGUAUCGGAUGGACCUACGAGGGAAAACAACGACGAUACGGAAGGAUUGAAACAGCGAUCUUUCUUCGAUCGACUUUUCUCAUCGAAAUAUCGUGUUUAAACGAAUGUCAACGGACAAUAUGGCGUAUCGAAGAUGAUCACAGUCGGAACAUCGACAAUUAUUCACAACGAAAAGGGAGACAACUCGAGUACGAUAUCGGCUAGACGUCGUACAACGUAUUAUCGAUAACAUUUUAGAUAAUACGAGAAACGCACGAAUGUCUGCAGAGAAAUGGGAAUUCCAACGACGGGAUGGCUGCACCCGAGUCGCCGUAUAGCAGCUGAGAGUCUAUGUCGAGAAUAGGCCACGACGGUGACCGGCACGUUAACUCGUCCACUCGGGGAGCUUCGGUUCGAAUCGGGUGUGCCAGGU